ACGUGUCUCCGUCUAGCUCGCUCUCAGUCGGUUUUUUGGGCUGGUCCCCGAGUCACCUCCGUCGCGCGUUCCGUCUUGUGCUUGCUUCUCUCCUCUCUUCCGUGCCCCGAAAUUCGGCUCUCAGUGAACGAAAACCGUGAUUCUUCACAGAGCCAGCCGGUCGCCUUCUAUUGCGUGUGUUUUGAUCGGUUUCCUAUCCGAAACGUGUGAUUCUACAUCUUCAACUGGAGCUCUAACCUCCGAAAAUGUGUUACAGUUUCUCUCCACUUCAUAUCAGUUGUCUGUGUCCAAGGACAAGCGCUUGAAGUUUUCUGUGAUAAGUUCGUGGUCGAAAGUCCCGGAAUUCCCCCAUUUGGUUCUUCUCUCGUGCACCCUACCACAGUGUGAAUAAUGGAUUUUGCCCUACACUGAAGUUGGCCUUUGACUCGAGUGAACACAGUGUGGAUAUAUUUUCGUCUCAACCGUGUAAUUAAAGUUUUCAUUGUGGAUAACCUAAGGAGUAACUCUUUACUACUGCAGCAGCUUCAUUCAUGUUUUAGGAAUAAAAUGGCUCUAGCCAGGCUGCCGGUGGUGAGUGAGUGCUCGCCUCGGGUCAGCUCCAACCAUCCGGGCUCCAGCAUGGCUGUGUCCCGCGUCCCGAGCCCACCUCCACAAGAAGCCAACACGCCGGUAGCUGAAAAUUGGUGCUAUACUCAGGUGAAAGUAGUCAAAUUCAGCUACAUGUGGACCAUCAACAACUUCAGUUUUUGCCGCGAAGAAAUGGGCGAAGUUCUCAAAUCCUCCACUUUCUCUGCAGGGGCCAACGACAAACUCAAAUGGUGUUUACGAGUUAAUCCAAAAGGCUUGGAUGAAGAGAGUAAAGACUAUUUAUCUCUGUAUCUACUUCUAGUCUCAUGUAACAAGACUGAAGUUAGAGCCAAAUUCAAGUUCUCCAUUCUUAAUGCCAAAAGAGAAGAAACCAAAGCUAUGGAGAGCCAACGAGCAUAUAGGUUUGUCCAGGGGAAAGACUGGGGCUUCAAGAAAUUCAUUCGCAGAGAUUUUCUUUUAGAUGAAGCAAACGGCUUAUUACCCGACGAUAAAUUAACAAUAUUUUGUGAGGUUAGUGUAGUAGCAGAUAGUGUGAAUGUCUCAGGUCAAUCAAAUGCCAUACAAUUCAAAGUACCGGAAUGCAAAUUGCCAGAUGAUCUGGGGCAUCUAUUCGAAGUUCAGAAAUUUAGUGACGUCACACUUUCUGUUUCUGGGCGAGAGUUCCAAGCACACAAAGCCAUCCUCGCUGCAAGGAGUCCUGUUUUUGCAGCAAUGUUUGAACACGAAAUGGAAGAGAGGAAGCACAAUCGCGUUGCAAUCUCGGAUGUGGAUCAUGAGGUUCUCCGCGAGAUGCUCCGUUUUAUCUACACAGGCAAAGCAGCUAAUCUAGAAAAAAUGGCUGAUGAUCUCCUAGCAGCUGCAGAUAAGUAUGCCCUAGAGAGGCUAAAAGUAAUGUGUGAAGAAGCGCUGUGCACUAAUUUAUCAAUUGAAAAUGCAGCAGAAACUCUAAUAUUGGCUGAUCUCCAUAGUGCUGAUCAAUUGAAAGCACAAGCUAUCGAUUUCAUCAACACACACGCUACGGAUGUUAUGGAUACAUCCGGCUGGAAGUCGAUGAUCAACUCCCACCCUCACCUAAUAGCAGAAGCAUUUAGAGCAUUAGCCACUCAACAAAUUCCACCCAUAGGACCGCCCAGAAAACGUGUUAAGCAAAGCUGAAAGAUAUUUAUGUUGCCGACUCCAUCACCAGCUUGUAUUCUUCGAUCUCAAACUUAGGAAAGAAAAGGAAAACUAUUCGUUUUAAAAGUGAGAAACAACUUAAAAAUUUAAAGAUAAAAAACUAGAAAAAAAUGAAAUUAUUGUUAGAAAUUAAUAUUAAACUAUCCCCCGUGAUGUAAAAAAAAGGAAAAAAAAUUGAUUCUAAAUCUGGAAGUAAAAGUUGUUUAAAUUAGUGCGGUUGCCAAUGAGAUUUUGAAAGAAGAUCAUAAAAGAACUAAAGUACCUUCUUCAAUUGUACUGUUAUAGUAUCAUCAUAAAAAUAAACUUGUAUGAUUUCUUUCAGUUGUUCUAGUUUUCUUUCUAAUAAUUUAUCUUUAUUUUUUUUUACGUUACUAUUUUUCUUAGUGAAUCAAGGUCUCGCGCCGAAAGUUUGCAACAACUCAAAAGAAAGAAUCGAUAAGUAAAAAAUUGUAAAGUAAAUAAGCAAUAUGCUGCUUACCUUAUUCUCAGGAAUUAUAGAUUUUGUGAUAUUUAAUUAAAGGUCAGUUUGUUGCAACUAUUUAAGAACAGGCUGUAUCUUGUGCUCCCACCCUUUCCUCAGUUUAAAAAUUCUAAAUUAGAAGAAGGAUCUAAUCUCAUAUUCUUAUUCCCCCUCCCCCCCUCUCCCUCUCAUUUUCUUAGAAGAUGAGGGGAGCGAGAACUAUCAACUAAAUUCAGUCAGCUUCUUUCCAGCCCGCUUCUUUUCUCAAGUUCAUGUGAUUUUUCAUCAAUAACUUUUCAUCCCCUCUUUUAUCAUCACGUUAGUCCUAAUCAGACUUUGUUGAGAAUUUUUUCUCGUAGAAUUCUAAUGUUUUCUCCAAAUUAUAUUCCUUCCAAAGUUUUAUCUAUUCAGCUUUGCUUCUUUGUUCCUGCGUUUCUUUUUCACCUUGUUUUCUGGUCCUCUUCUAAAUUUCAAAAUCAAAUCUUUUCAAUUGUAUAGAUCAGAAGGAAAGCAAAUCCAUGUGCUGGUAAUUUUUGUUUUCCUAAAAAAAAUCAAGUCAGCACUUCUCUGAAAUAUCUAUGUACAGUUUUUAUUUUUGGGUGCGGUAAUGAAAAUCAAAUUUUGCCGUUCUUUGAAUCUCAAAAUUUUAUUUUGGACAUUUCUAAACUUGUUUUCAUAGUAUGUGGCUAAAUUAUGUAUCAAAUCAAAGUGAAAAUGAAAGUUAUGGUUGGUCAUGCCUCAACAAUUUUGAAUCUGUAUAUUGUCUGCUAUCCAUUCGCUCUCUUUUUACAAAAUCAUUAAUUAAUGGCAUCGAUCCCUUUUUUUCCAUAACUUAAAGCUUCUAUACUUCUUAGUAUGUACUACCUUUUACCAGGCAACUGUUCUUAAUAUCCCUCUCAUCGGUCGCAAGGCUUUGAUAUUUGAGUUUUUCAUCCACAAAAGAUGUCUGCCUUUCUAAUUUACCGUCGAAGUCACCCACAGUCAUGGAUUUGUAUUCGCAACACAGCUGUGGCAAAUAUGUUGGAAGAUAAAGAAUGAAAUCGAAUAACGAGGUGACUUGACUUUAAAUUGUUCAUAGUUUUUUCAUUAUUAUGACAUUAACAUUUUUCCAAAUUCAUCAGGGUCAAUUUUUGUCAUCAAGUUUUUUUUAUUUCUUACCCAGCAUUUUUACCAUUGCUUUGUCAUGAAGAAAAUCCAAAUCCAGUUAUUUGCUGUGCAUGGAAUUCUGCCCCUCUUGGCUCGAUCAAAUGUUUUUUUCUGUCCCAUCUCUUCCAGAAAUAAAAAUAGCUUAACCAUAUGAAUACUAGUUUGCAGAACUAUAUGAAUGUAAAGCACCUGACUUGUCGGGUAGUCAACGCAUAGGAAAGAAGUAAGGUGACCCACUUUCAACAGGCGCUGAUCAUGCAUUGAAAAACCAUCCUCUAUAAUGAUGUUGCUGUUAGAUCAACAGUAAUAGCAUCCACUACAGUAAUUAUCAGUGUGCUCUAUCAUGAGAGCCACAUUGCAGCAAUUUCAUAACCAAGUUUCGAUGCAAAUUCUUUCUCUCCUCUGCCGUCUCCUCUCUUCCAAAAAGAAAAAAACAAUUUUCGUUUUGCUCCAUUAGGUAGAAAAGCAAAAAAAAAAAAUGGAAGAAGGUGACUAGUCAAGCUUCAAUAAAUAUUAAAUUUGAUUUAUCCUGUCUUAGAUCAGCGUUUAGAGAAUUAUGGUUUGGGGGGUGGGCGGUAAGGGGAGAGGACUUACUUUGUAGGUACGUAGGCUUCUUUUCUCCUCCACCUAAGUUCAAAGCUAAAAACAUGAUUCAAGUUAUUGUAAUUCAAUUUUUUCAUUUCCUCUCCUCCAGUACAUGGAAGUUUUCCUUCAGUAAUGUGUAAAAGUCUCAAGAGCUUCAAUCUCAAAACUGUGAGGAAAGAUUCGGCUUUUAGUUUUAUUCUACUCAUGUCUUUUUAACUUUUGUCUUGUACAGUUCAAUUUUCUUCUGUAGAGUUAAUGCUAAGGUUUCUUGUCCUGUUUCUUCUCGAAACUCUUGGAUAAAUAUCAAGUGAAACGCAUAAUCUUGUAAAAGUUUACUAUUAUACCUAAUCACAAGUAUGGUUACGUAGUUUUACUUCUGAUUGUCAUGUAUGUGAUAUUUGUUUCUAAGAUCAUGUCCCUUGAAAAAUUGUAGAUUUAGUGUUUUACUUUGAUUAAAUAAUAAUUUGGAGUUGACUUCAGUACCUCCUUGGUCAGUUUUAAUUUGAUUUUGAGAACAUGUUUUCAGUUGAAUUUUUUCACAACUUCAGUGAUUUCAAUCAGUCCUCUUUUAGCAGAUUAAUAUUGUUAGACUCUAAUAUUUUUUUUUUUUUUUUGAAAACCGAAUGAGAUGGCUCUUUAUGAUAUCAAAAUCUUCGGUCAUUUUAUUCGCCAAAGGUACCUGCACAAGCACUCAGUAUGCGUAUGCGAAAGACUCUUGAAACAUUGUCACUUGUCAGCUCUGUUUCAGGUGCCCUUGUCAUAGAUUUUUCUACAAAAGAAAAAAAUGAAUAAAAAACAUUUAAUUAAGAGUUUAGUAUUUUAACGGAUUUCAAUUUAUUUGUUGUAUUCCUUGUCAAGCUCAUCUCUCUUGGUGAUCGCAGCAUACUAUCAUCCAAUCAUUUUGUAAGCUGAUUUAACAAAGCAAAAUACAAAAUCGGAUUUUUUUCUAACCUGUCUCUAUUUAACAGUAGAAAAGAGCUCAGUAAGUUACGAAUGAUUUUGUCAACCACACCUUUCAUGUUUGAUGUUAAAAUGUUCAAAACUACCAUCUGCCCAUUUCUCUGCAGUAAACCGUAAAUAAUCAUUUUUGAAAUUUUAAACAAUUUAAUUCUAAGUUAAUAUUUUAAAUGUAUCAUCAGAUUGUCAGUCAUCGUAAAAUAUUACUAGAUUAUGGCUGUUUUUUAUUUUUCAAACUAAAAUUUGCUUAAUAUUACUUGAUUGGCCUGGAUGUUGUAUCGAACUGUAAAUCAGAACUUUCUUUCCCUCAACCACGUUGUUAAUAAACUGAGUGAUUACUUUUUGUUUCAAAAGUUCCUCAAAAUUCUAUGAGAAUUGUUGAGUUCAAACGAGGAAAGCAUUGUGUUUUGUGUUUCAAGUGUAUUUCUACCGACACCCUACAUGUCUCAUCCAAUGCCCCAAUUCGCUGAACAUCUGAAAUGACAAAAUUUAAUAUCAGUCUUGCAAGCAACCGAUCAACACAUAUAAUUAAGCCUAAUCAAAUAGUAUUGUUAUUUAGUUUUUAAAAUGUGAUAAAUUGUUGUAAUUAUGUUAUCCAUUUAUCAAGAGGCAUUGUAAAUUUUCUCAAUGUUGUAACAGUAACUGCAGCACGGUUGCUCAUUUGUAAGAAAAAAAGCCAUGUUUCAUUGAUGAUAAAAGUCUUAAUGGAAAAUUAAGUAAUUUUAUUCUAAUGGACAGAUUGCCACAAAAUGAGAAUUUUCCCAUCCCCCAUAAUACUUUUUCAUUUUUGACCAUGUCAAUUACAAUGUAAAAUUUACAUGAUAGCAAUAGGUUGUUCUGAGAUAAAAAGCUAUUCCUGUUCUAACAUCAUGUAAAACUUUCAUUUCCUUCGAAUUGGUGGGUGUACUUUAUUAAUAGUUCGUCUUAUAUGUAGUAGAUUGAAUGAUCAUUGAAUUUGUCUUGGUUUUUUCCUUUGCUUUCAACAUCAGCAGCCGUGCUCUGUGUUUUAUUUUUCUCAUUAAUUUAUUUUGCCAUGUCCUUCAAUGAAAUUUUACGACGAGUAAUCAUUUUGCCAUUUUAUUUUAUGAAGUAAAAUCUUGAGCCAGCAGGAAAUCUACUGUGUAAUUCCACCAAAAGUUACUGAAGUUUUAAGACAAAUAGAAGUAGCUUGAUUGUGAUGGGUGAUUUACUUCAAAUGCUUUUUGUCAGUUCAAGAGCAAAGUCUUUCAGAUUUCUUUAAGAGAUUCGAUGGAAAAUCUAUCUAAGUUUUGGUCAUUAGCACUUUGAUUGUCAUUGUGUUAACAAGCUUUCUCCCUUUCAGUACCGCAAGGAACUUAAAAAGCUUUGAAAUAUUUUGUGUGUGACCAAAGCACUAGCAAAAUAUUGGUGAAAGCCUUUUCCUCAGAAAUAUCAAUUUGUCAGUAGUUAUCUGUAAUCAGUACCUGGCCUUCAAGUGUACGCAUGGCAGUCAACGUGUUAUUCCUGGCAACCUGUCUUGCCAAGGUGAUAAGUCUCAAAACAGUUCUUAGAUAGAUUUUUGGCACAACUCUUGUUGUAGUUUUUGGAACCAACUUUUUCAUUUUCACAUCUUUCUGCCAAAGGGACCAAUUUGAUUAUUUAAUCAAGUAUGUGUGCAGUACUUAUUAAAACUUUUAUCCAUUUGAACUCCAUGCUUUUGUCUGGCAAUUUUUGUAUUGAAUUUGUACUUGAAAAGCAUCCUACUUAGCAUCGGGUUAUUGAAUAUCAUGUAAUUUACUCCUGUGUCCUCCGUACAUCAGUAAAUCUGCUUUAAAAUGUAUAAAUAUUUUUACCCAAACCCUUCACAUAGGACCGGUUCUUUUUCCUCUAUUGCUGGUUCGCUAAUACUGGCUCAAUAUUUGAUCGUUGUUAAAUAACAGGGUACUGCUAAUAAUUGAUAGAAGUCAAUUAAAUUUGAAUCUAAUCACAUUAAAUAAUAGUGCACACUCUUAGUUUGGGGCCGUGUCAAUAAGCGUAUGUACUGCUUAAGCCAAUUUUUCCCUUCCCCUAAAUAAUGAGCUCCUUGAAAAUCUGAUACUUCGAAAGAAAAUCUCAGUCCUGUAAAUGGCAAUUGUGUUCCCUGUAAAAUUAUUCCUUUUUUCAAAUUGCUGCGUUCUGCUUUUGAUCUGUUCUUUUCUCUCAGUUUUUACCUAUGAAAUAAAUGUUGGUCUUCUAAUCAUCUAA